CUUGAUAAUAGUGGUGUCUGCGGAUGCAGGACGCGGUGGACAGCAGCCGGAUAGAAAUCUACAAAGAUGGCCUCAGCAACAGCAACCUAUGGACAGAAGGAGUCCUCAGACCAGAACUUUGACUAUAUGUUUAAGAUCCUCAUCAUUGGCAACAGCAGCGUGGGUAAGACGUCCUUCUUGUUCCGUUACGCCGACGACUCCUACACACCAGCCUUCGUCAGCACGGUGGGCAUCGACUUCAAGGUGAAGACCAUCUACAGGAACGAUAAAAGGAUCAAACUACAGAUCUGGGACACGGCGGGUCAGGAGCGUUAUCGCACCAUCACUACAGCGUACUACAGAGGAGCCAUGGGCUUUAUCCUCAUGUAUGACAUCACCAACGAGGACUCCUUCAACGCCGUCCAGGACUGGUCCACACAAAUUAAGACAUACUCGUGGGACAAUGCCCAGGUGCUGCUCGUAGGAAAUAAAUGUGACAUGGAAGACGAGCGCACGGUGAGUGGAGACAGAGGACGGCAGCUUUCUGAACACCUCGGUUUCGAGUUCUUCGAGGCCAGCGCCAAAGACAACAUCAACGUGAAGCAGACCUUUGAGCGCCUGGUCGACGUUAUAUGCGAAAAGAUGUCCGAGAGCCUGGAUGCUGGCGAUCCCGCCGUCACAGGGGCCAAGCAGGGGCCUCAGCUGACAGAGCAGCCUGCUCCGCCUCACCAGGACUGUGCAUGUUAAAGAUCCCAGCUCUCCUCCUUCACCCUUCCAAGUGGGUACAUUCUCCAUCGCCUUUUCCUUCUUUCUUCCAAAGAACCAGCCUGUGGAAAAGUCUGAAAUUUGCCGAGACCAGCUCUUCAGGUGCGCUUGUUCUCCUUAUUUCAGACUCUUUGCAACCUCUGGGUCUUCAGGGUUCCCAUCUCAUCUUUUAUUGUUUCCAUGGGUGUAUUUAUAAGUAGGAUUUGACAGCCAUUUCAAUCCACCUGAUGUUUACAGUACCUUGUUUUUUUUUAUCUGGUUUGAAUCAUGCGAACAAGACGUCAACAGUGGAGUUACUGAGUAGUUUGGUAUCGAUCCGAUACCAAGUAGACACAGGGCCAGUAUUGCCAAUACUGAUACCGUUACUUUCUGCUGAAAUUGUUCAAGAUCAUUGAAUGAUUUUUUUCUUUAUUUUUGCCUUUAUUUUUUUUUAAAUCAGAAUAAAACACCAAAAAUCUUAUCAACAAACUUAUUUGUGAACAAUGAAAAAAUAGAAAUCCAAGUAUAUAAGAAAAUAAUCAACAAAAUAGUACAAAUAUUCCCUCUUGCAUGCCAUUGUUUGAGCAAAAUGACACAACAAAAGCAAAACCUGCAUUUAGCUCUCAUUUAGAUUUCUUGAAUUAUACAACAAUAUCAAAAAUUUAACAAACACAACAACAAAACAAAUAUAUUUUCGUAAAAUAAGCGUAGAAGAGAAGUGAAAAUAUUCACUGUCAUCAGUACACUGCAAAAAGUCAGUGUUCAAAAACAAGAAAAAGAAAUACAAAAAUUAGGGGUAUUUUAUUUGAACUAAGCAAAAUGAUCUGCCAAUAAAACAAGAAAAUUUGGCUUGUCAAGACUUUCCAAAACAAGUCAAAUUAGCUAACCUCAAUAAACCCAAAAAUAAGUAUAUUCUCACUAAUAACAACUGUACUACUAUAUGAGUACGUAUUUUCUAUUGUUUCAUUGAAAAUAAAACAGCAAAGUCCAUUUGGCUGUCAUCUGUUUUAAUUAUGAGACACAAUUGUGUCAGUCAUGAUAUUUUUUUUCAUGCUUGAAAUAAGAAAUUAUUACUUUAAAAAAGCAGUUUUAUACUUGUGAGUGUUGAUGACACAGCUUUGCAACAGUUGAUAUUCUAGUUCCAAGCAUGUUUUACUCAAUAUAGGUCAUCAAAUCUCAGCAACAAGCUGUAAUAUCUUACUGAGAUCAUUUAGGACCAAAACACUUAAAACAAGUAAAACACUCUAACAUAAAAUCUGCUUAGUGAGAAGAAUUAUCUUAUCAGACAGAAAAUAAGCAAAUAUCACCCUUAUUUGAAAUAUUUCAUCUUACUUAGAUUUCAGUUUUUGCAGUGUAGGGGUGUCCCGGAACAAUUUUUUCACUUCCGAUACAAUAUCGAUAUUGGGGCCUUUCGGUAUUGGCUGAUACCGAUAUUAAUCCAAUGCGAUAUCAGCACAAAUAAUACACUCUUGUAUCGUUUUGUAGUGUUGAAUGUUGGAAAAGGCUUGGUUUAGUGAAAUGACUCACGGAUACAACAAUAUUACUCAUGAAAAAAAUCAUGUUAAGCUCAGUAAAUUAAAAGAUGCGGACAAGGCUGUUACUGGAUUCUUUUUAACACGCUUCUGCUCUAAAGACUUCGUAUCUGUAAGUAAUAUGCAACACUUAAUUAUUUGAUCCUUGUUUAUAUUGUUUUAGACUGCAGUGUUGUUCAUUUAAGGACACGUAUUACGUCUGUCUACCUUGUGUGCUAUUGUGUACUUAGCUGUUGUGUAGCUCCUAGAAGCCUAUAUCCUACCAUGUUCACUUUUUGUAAAUAACUUUAAAGUAAACGCUCUGCAGGACUGCUUGUAUUAGAGCGAUUACCGUAUUUUUCGGAGUAUAAGUCGCACCGGUGUAUAAGUCGCACCUGCCAAAAAUGCAUAAUAAAGAAAGAAAAAAUAUAUAUAAGUCGCACUGGAGUAUAAGUCGCAUUUUUGGGGGAAAUAUAUUUGAUAAAACCCAACACCAAGAAUAGACAUUUGAAAGGCAAUUUAAAAUAAAUAAAGAAUAGUGAACAACAGGCUGAAUAAGUGUACGUUAUAUGAGGCAUAAAUAACCAACUGAGAACGUGCCUGGUAUGUUAACGUAACAUAUUAUGGUAAGAGUCAUUCAAAUAACUAUAACAUAUAGAACAUGCUAUACGUUUACCAAACAAUCUGUCACUCCUAAUCGCUAAAUCCCAUGAAAUCUUAUACGUCUAGUCUCUUACGUGAAUGAGCUAAAUAAUAAUAUUUGAUAUUUUACGGUAACGUGUUAAUAAUUUCACACAUAAGUCGCUCCUGAGUAUAAGUCGCACCCCGGCCAAACUAUGAAAAAAACUGCGACUUAUAGUCCGAAAAAUACGGUAUAUGGGACCUUUUUGAUGCAAAAUAGCAUGAUCCGAUUCUUGUGUUUUUGCUGAUAUCAGACGUUGGAUCGGGACACCCCUUGGUACUGAUACUGUGUAUAUUUGAAUCGAUAGAUGGCAAGAAUGAACCAUCCAGCAUAACCCAUUAUGAUAUUAUCAGGUCUAAAUACACAUCUCACAUUGAUACUGAAGUUUCAAUAUUAUUUAGCCUUUUUUAGUCUUAAUUUUGUUUCAUAAUUAUCGCUUUUAGCUGUUUGCUGCAUUGAAACCGUUCGGACAAGAUAAAACAGAUGCAAAAAUACCAUUUCAGUUGUAUGUAUAAAUACUGUGCGAUACAUGAUCUAUACAGGUAUGCAUUUCUGGAAAUAAACUUUGAAGAGGUGUUAUAGAUGUGUUAUAUAUUUAAGAGGUCUUUGUUGUGCGGUUUGUUCGGGUGGUUUGUGUGCAAAUGUUUGGCGACUCCUCACCUCGUGUCCUUGUCGGUUUUGCUGAGAUGUUGAGAAAUGACAGAUUCCAUGUUAUGAAAAAAAAAUCUUUCAGUCAGUAAGAAAUCCAUAGAAGCCCUGCUGCUAUUAAAUAUGCUUUUUGACAAUUUCAUACAUUUGAUGACAUACUGGAGUAUUGUUUUUCUUUUUUGCUAAAAUAAAUAAUCACCAAAACUAUUAAGAAAUGAAGAAAUAUAUUCAUCAGAUAUUGGACUGUGUGUGUAAAUGUCAUAUUAUUCAGACUUGACUGACCAUCAUCGAGUCACUUUAUAAUGUUCUUUUUUCUUGUCAUUUUCAAUGUUUUAUAUUGUAAAUUUCUGCUUUAUUUAUGUACUCAUUUUCUCUUUUAGGGCCACAAGGGCAAUUUGUAUUAUAGGGGCACCACAAGGAUUCAUAUUUUAUUGUGCUUAUUUACAAAUCAGGUCAGGGUCUACAGUAUGUGUUGGCUGGGCGCCCUCUACAGGUGGCACCACUCCAUGAAUUUGAAUAAUAGACAUUCCUUAUAACCAGGGGCACCGCUAGGGAUUUUGGGCCCCAUGAAAAGAAUCUUUACAGGGCCCCCAACACAGUGUCAUUAUUUUUUCUGUAUUAUAAUUUCAUCAUCAUUAGGGGCCUCUCUGGGCCCCCCUCCAUCAUGGGCCCCUAGAAUCCGUCUCCUUUACCCCCCCCCCCCCCCCCCCUUUUCGGCGCCCCUGCUUAUAACAUUUGAAUAAUUUAGUUGUUAAUAUUGUAUAAUUGUGGAAUCAUAGUUCAAAAGUCUCAAACAUAUAGUGCAACAAUGUUAAAUAACGUGAAUGAGCGAUCAAUGAGUCGAUAUGAGUUAGUGUAGCCUUGAUGUGUUAAUGGUGGACGAUGCUGAUUGAAUGCCACCAUGAAUUGAUUAACGUGGACCCAGACUUAAACAAGUUGAAAAACUUAUUCGGGUGUUACCAUUUAGUGGUCAAUUGUACGGAAUAUGUACUGUACUGUGCAAUCUACUAAUAAAAGUCUCAAACAAUCAAUCAAUCAAACCAAAGCGUCACAGGGAAAAAAGAGAAGAAGAAGAAAAAUGGGCCAAAUAUGAAGCCAUGGCUCAAUAGUUGUGUCCUAAUUCAGGGUCUGCAUCCUUCGAAGGGCGAAUUUGAAGGCCGCUUACGUCUCAAGGCUGCGCGAAGGCUGUCCCAAUUCAUUCAAAUUCGAAGUCUCCUCCAAAUGCAGCCGACGAACGCGCCCUCCUUUUUCCCUGUAUUCGGAGGAUGCACCGCGACUAUCCUUCGUGGCCUCCCAUAUCCCAAGAUGCUUUGCGUGCUUUUGCAGGCUAGACUGUCCCAUUUAACAACGGGUGACGCAUCCUUCGAAGGCUGCGUAGGCCGGGUCCUCCGAAAGAUUCAGACCCUGAUAUGGGACACAGCUUAUGUCAUCCCUUGUAGUGAUUCCACUAUAUACAUAUUGAUUGACGGUUUUGUAAAAGUCACUUUUUUGAUUAUAUUAAAUUGAUUUAAACUAAAUAACUUUGUUGCAGCAACUUAAAAUAAUAAAGAAAAUCAACUCAAUAUGUUUUGGUAUUCUAAUUUAAACUUUUGCUUUGCUGUAAGGCAAUGUAACAGUCCCCGAUCUUCUAAAACAUAACAUCAUUUGGGUUUGUUAAUCCCGGACCAGCCUUCAAUUAUGUAAAAGAGACGUGUAACAUAAAAGACAAACACUUGUUCUUCAGUGAACCGUUUAUUUCGCACAUAUAGAAUAUUACACUCGAUGUUUUCACUAAUAUAGCGAGUCGUGGGGAAGCAGCAGUGGACACGGCGAUCAGCUGGAGUGAGAGCGAGAGAGUGAGCUUCUAGCUUCACCACUCGGCUUUAUCUCCUGGGCUACGCUCAGUUGUCCAAUCAGGGCCUAUCAACCAGGGGUGCCCAAACUUUUUAAAUCGGGGGCCACAUUGGAUUAAAAGAAUUUGGCAUAUAAUAUAUGUGUGUAUAUAUAUAUAUAUAUAUA